UACUCUUACGGCCUUCGCCUACUCCAUUGAAGCAGCUUCAGCUCAGCUCUGUUGAAGAUUAUUGGUUGUCUGUUGUUAUGGCUUUCUCUGGAGGUGCAAGACGGCUUUGUAUAAAGCUUUCACUGGUUAACAGUAGUGGUUAUGGGCGGCAUUUUACUACUUCGACCUGCAAAAGAGCUUCGUCUGAAACAUCAUUUAUUUCUGGCGACGCCAAUUCGCAAUUGGGUAUAGGAAUUUUUCUCAGACGGUUCAGCAUCGCUGCUUCAGACCAAACGAAUCUUAUAAAGCAACUGAGAGAAAGAACAAGUGCUCCUAUCAAAGACGUUAAAGCAGCUCUAGUUGAUUCCAAUUGGGACAUCGAACUGGCUCAGAAGGAACUGAGGAAGAGGGGAAAGGUUCUCGCUUCAAAAAAGUCCUCUCGAACUGCUGCAGAAGGUUUGCUUGCCCUGGCCCAAAAUGAGAACAAGACUGCUGUUAUUGAACUUAACUGCGAAACUGACUUUGUUGCUAGAAACGAGAUCUUUCAGUUCUUGGCAUUGUCUUUGGCAAAGCAAGCUUUGUUGGUUGAAAAUGCUUCUCAGCAGGCUUCUUGUGGCUUUCAAGUUGGACCAGAAUCUUUGGAGAACAUGGUGUUGCAUCUUGAGCAUCCAAAGAUCAGUGGAGAGACAACUGUUCAAGGUGCAAUCACUGAAGUGGCUGCAAUAAUGGGAGAGAAUGUAAAACUUAGAAGAGGCUUUGUGAUGUCAACACCAUCUCAGGGUGUUAUAUCUACAUACCUCCAUACCAGUCCCCAACCAUGUUUGGGUCGCAUUGCUGGAAUUUUGUCUCUUGAAGUAGGUGAUAUUAAAACUCAACUGGAUGCAAUUCAGCGGGUAGGAUCAGAAUUGGCCAUGCAUGUAGUGGCAGCAAAACCAUUAUUCCUAUCAAAGGAACUUGUUUCUUCUGAAGCAUUAGAGAAUGAGCGUGAAAUUCUUAAAUCUCAGGCUGAAGCCUCUGGGAAGCCUCAGAUUGCCAUAGACAAGAUGGUAGAAGGACGUUUGCGUAAAUAUUUUGAGGAAGUUGUGCUUCUGGAGCAGAAGUUUAUCAUAAAUGAUGCUAUGAAUGUAAAGGUAUGCAAGGUUCCACUGCAUCAAGUCUCUUUAAUAAGUGAAAAA